UGACAUCCAGGAGCAGUUCAUGCAAGCCAUGUACAGCGUCCUGGACCAGGGGAAGGUUGGCAUCUUUGAGAGCCCCACAGGAACGGGUAAGUCUCUGAGUCUGAUCUGUGGAGCUCUGAGCUGGCUCACGGACCACAAGGAGAGGAGGAGAUUGCAGACGGCUGCUCUGCUGCAGGAAGGAGAAGAAGCUCUUUCCACAUCCGCAGUCCAAUCCUCCACGGCCAGCUCCUCGGCAGAGCCCGACUGGAUCACCGAUUUUGUUCAGAAAAAGGCAGAACGUGAUCUGGUGACAAAGUUGAAGGAGGAAGAAGUAAAAAGAAAGAAGAGAGAAGAACGAUUAGAAAUGAUCAGAAACAACGUUCAGCUCAAGUAUGCGAUGAAAAGAAAGAGCGCUGAGGAUGAGGAGGCGGUCAAGUUGCUUCAUCUCAGUAAAGAGGAACACACAGAGACACAAGGAGAUCAAGAGGAUGAGGAGCUGAUCAUUGCAGAAUAUGAAAGUGAUGAUGAGUCAAAGAGCAAAAGCCGAUUCCUUGGGCCUGGAGAUGAUGACGACGAUGAACUGAUCGAAGAACACGUCAGCAAGAUUUACUAUUGCAGCCGCACUCACUCCCAGCUGGCCCAAUUUGUCCAUGAGGUUCAAAAGAGCCCCUUCAGCAAGGACAUCCGUCUGGUCACACUGGGCUCACGACAGAAUCUGUGCAUCAAUGAGGAGGUGCGUCGCCUUGGCAGUAUCCAGCGUAUUAAUGACCGCUGCAUGGAGAUGCAGAAAAAUAAACACGAGAAGCAGCAGCAUGAAGAGGGUGUGAAACGUAAGCGAGGCCUGGCAAAGAGUGUGUGUCCCUAUAACAAAGCUUCGGCACUGCAGCAGAUGAGGGAUGAAGUUCUAGGAACCGUCCACGACAUCGAGCAGCUGCUGAAAGUUGGCAGGGAAAUGCAUUCAUGUCCUUAUUACUCCGCGCGUCUCGCUAUUCCACCUGCACAGUUGGUGGUGUUGCCCUAUCAGAUGGUUCUUCAUGAAGCUACAAGAAAGGCAGCAGGGAUCCAGCUGAAGGGACAGGUGGUGAUCAUUGACGAAGCUCACAAUCUUAGUGACACACUCUCUUGUAUACACAGUGCAGAGCUGACUGGAUUGCAGCUCAGCCGCGCUCACUCCCAGAUCAGCCAGUACGCCGACCGAUAUAAGAGCAGGCUGAAGGCAAAGAACUUGAUGUACAUCAAACAGAUUAUGUUUGGGAUUGAAGGGCUUGUCCAGGUGUUGGGAGGUAAGGUGGGGCAGAAUCCACAAAGCCAGGUGACACAAACAGGAACAGAGAUGUUUACCAUCAACAACUUUCUCUUCAAGGCUCAGAUCGACAACAUCAACUUGUUUAAGCUACAGAAAUACUUUGAUAAGAGCAUGAUCAGCAGAAAACUGGGUGGUUUCGUGGAGAAGUACGCAGGUUCAGGUGUAAGCCUGCAAACACAAGGCUCCACCAACAAAGAGAACCGACGCACAGAGGGCUUGAACCGCUUCCUUCAAACACUGCAGACCAAUCAGAGCACUGCACCAGUGAUUUUUAUUUUGUGUGACGUUUCUUCAGCAGACCAGCAGGAGACAGUAGAGGCUGAUAAAGCGCUGUCUGCAUCUCCCAUGAUGCAGGUGGAGGGUUUCUUCAAGGGUCUCACCAACAGCAACACUGAUGGCCGGGUGCUGGUGCACAGACAAGGUACUUUGUCAGAAAACAGUGUCAAGUUCCUGCUGUUGAAUCCAGCGGUCCACUUUGCCCAGGUGCUGAAGGAGUGCAGGGCAGUCAUCAUUGCGGGAGGCACCAUGCAGCCUGUUUCAGACUUCAAACAGGAGCUACUAUUUUCUGCUGGAGUCGGAGAGGACCGCAUCAGGGAGUUUUCCUGUGGUCAUGUAAUUCCUCCAGAGAACAUUCUCCCCCUCGUGUUGUGCAGCGGUCCGUCUGGUCAGGAGCUGGAUUUUACUUUCCAAAACAGAGACUCUCCAAAGAUGAUGGAUGAGACGGGGCGCAUUCUCUCCAACAUUUGUAACGUGGUCCCGGGAGGAGUCGUGUGUUUCUUCCCUUCUUAUGAGUACUCGAGGCGGAUGGUUUCUCACUGGGAGGCCAGCGGUGCUCUGACUCGUCUCGCCAACAAGAAGAAGAUCUUCCAGGAGCCAAAGAAGGCCAACCAGGUAGAGCAGGUGCUGAACGACUUCUCCCGCUGUAUCCAGAGGUGCGCUCUGGGCGGCGGCGGACUCACAGGAGCGUUACUGUUCUCUGUGGUUGGUGGAAAGAUGAGUGAGGGCAUCAAUUUCUCUGAUGAUCUGGGCAGGUGUGUGGUGAUGGUGGGAAUGCCAUAUCCCAACAUCAAGUCCCCAGAGCUGCAGGAAAAGAUGUGUUAUCUGGACAAACACAUGCCUCACAGCGGUGGAAAGAGCCCUGGCCAAGCACUGAUAGAAAACCUCUGCAUGAAGGCUGUUAAUCAGUCUAUAGGAAGAGCUAUCCGUCACCGUGGGGACUACUCCUCCAUCGUGCUGUGUGACAGACGUUACUCCAGAGCCGCUACACUCUCUAAACUCCCCACGUGGAUCAAAGAUCGCACAAGCACAUGCACAAGUUUUGGCCCUGCUUUUGCUGCCUUGCGAAAGUUCUUCCAGGAAAAAAAGCAGAAGCAGGUGUAAUUAUGCUGCUGAAGGGCUCAGCUCCCAUCUUCCUGUUUUCUUAACGGUGCAACAUCAAGACUGGGACUAGAGCUGGAAGAGGAGGAACCUUCAGAAACAUUCAGUGCAACAUAAGGAAAUCAAAGUGUUCUGAUAAAAAAAAUAGAAAUGUAUUUAAA